AUGCUAGCACCGGGCAUUCGCGUCGCCCGCGGUCCCGACUGGAUCUGGCAGGAUCAAGACGACGGCGAAGGACAUGUCGGUACGCUGUGCGAAAUAGGACGCUCCGGAUCGACGCACUCGCCGGACAAGACGGUGGUGGUUAACUGGGACUCGGGCCACCGGACCAACUACCGGGUCGGCUACCACAAGCAGUACGAUCUGAUCGUGAUCGACAACGCCCAGAUCGGCGUCAAGCACCCGAACAUCAUCUGCGACGGGUGCUCGAAGGCGGGCAUCGCCGGGAUCCGGUUCCGGUGCGCCGAGUGCCCGUACUACGACCUGUGCGCCACGUGCUACGGGAACGACGUGCACGACCUCGAGCAUCCCUUCAUCCGCUUCCAGACGGCCAACUCUGUCGGCAUCCGCGUACCGCCACGGAAGGGAGCGACGAGAGUGCAACUGAAGGGCAUCUUCGUCGGUGCUCGAGUAACGCGCGGUCCCGACUGGGAAUGGAAUAAUCAGGACGGUGGUCCAGGCAAAACGGGACGUGUAAUGGAAAUUCGUGGCUGGGACAACGAGUCCUGCCGUAGUGUUGCGAGCGUCGGGUGGGCUUCCGGUUCGACCAACGUGUACCGGCUCGGCCACAAGGGUAACGUCGAUCUGCGGUACGUGCAGCCGGCCGUCGGUGGGUACUACUACAAGGACCACAUGCCAGUAUUAGGUCAACCAGAGGAACAGCAACCGGUCUCGCCCCCGGUCCGUUCCCACUUCUACGUCGGCGAUCGGGUGCAAGUGAACAUCUCGGAGGAUCGGCUGAAAACGCUCCAGCAGGGCCACGGCGGCUGGAAUCCGCGGAUGGCCGAGUACCUGCCCAAGAUCGGCAUCGUGCACCGGAUCACCGACAAGGGCGACAUCCGCGUGCAGUACGAGGGCUGCGCCAACCGGUGGACGUUCCAUCCGGCGGCCCUGGUGAAGAUCUUUAGCUUCAACCUGGGCGACAUUGUGACGUUUAUCGGUGACGGGGCCAAGAUGCAGCAGCUGCAGAAGGGCCACGGCGAGUGGAUCGAAACGAUGCACAACGUGCUGGGCAAGUCCGGGAAGGUGAUAAAGAUCUACAGCGACGGCGAUCUGCGGGUGCAGCAGCUCGACGAGGACAUGGCGUGGACGGUCAACCCGAAGUGCGUGAAGCUGGAGCGAUCGUCGGUGUCGCAUGCGGCCGCGACCGAGCGCUCGAACAGCAUGAUGGAUCUGAGUAACCAGCGCACGAACGAGCACCACAUGACGCCGCUGUCCGGCCUGUCCGGAAGCUCGGCCGCCGACCGGUUGGUCCGCGAAGCGUCGCAGGGCAACAUGGAGUUUGUGCAGAACUAUCUAGGGAUGAACCAGGAAGCGGUGGAUUGUGUGAGCGGUGGGAAGACGUGCCUGCAGGUGGCCGCCCACCAGGGCCACGUGGAGAUGGUCAAGUACCUGCUGCUGCUCGGUGCCAACGUGAACGUCGUCGACAAGGAGGGUGAUUCGACGCUGCAUUACGCGGCCUUUGGCAACCAGCCGGAGGUGAUGCGCGUGCUGCUGCAGCAUAGUGCCAACAUCGAUGUGCUGAACUCGUCGCACUGCUCGGCCCUGCACAUCUCCGCGCACAAGAAGCCACCGCACUGCGUGAAGGUGCUGCUCGAGUUCGGGGCGAACGUGAACGUGCAGGAUGCCUACGGGGACACGGCCCUGCACGACGCCAUCGGCAAGGAGAACACGGAGGUGGUGGAGCUGCUGUGUGCGUGUCCGACGCUCGAUCUGACGAUACGCAACAACCGUGGCUUUAACGCGCUCCACCAUGCGUCGCUGAAGGGAAACGUUCACGCGGCGCGCCACAUUAUCCGCCUGGCACGGCAGCUGGUGAACGUGCGGAAGGACGACGGCUUUUCGGCGCUCCAUCUGGCCGCCCUGAACGGCCACUCGAAGGUGGUGGAGGUGCUGGUGCAGGAGGGCCAGGCGGACGUGAACAUACGGAACAAUCGCAGCCAGACCCCGUUCCUGCUGGCCGUCUCGCAGGGCCACACGGCCGCGAUCGAGAAGCUGGUGGACCUGGGCUGUGAUAUACGGGCGCGCGACGAGGACGGCGACAAUGCGAUGCACCUGUGCAUCAUCAAGAAGGCCAACCUGGUGCAGGAAGUGUCCCCGACGGACGCACCGAAGAUCCACGACAUCUACCGAUCGCUCGUCGACACGGUCAGCGACAGUCGGUUGAUGUACGCGUUGCUGUGUUUUCUCGCCAGCGAAGGUUGUCCGCUGGACGUGAAUCUGAAGGGAGCCCGUGUGCUGGACUGGAUAGCGAGCCCACAGAUCAAGGAGAUCGUCGUCGAGUACGAGCGGGCGAGAUUGGCACGGGAAGCGGCCGCAGCGGCUGCUGCCACCACCAUCGGGCCAAUCAUCUCGUCCACCGUUGAUCGCUGUGGUGGUUCUUCGCGCAACAAUCUGCCAUCGAGCGAAGAGGACCAGCAGCAGCAGCAACUGGUGCUGAGCAACUUCGAAUCGUUGAGUUUGGCCAACAGCCAACAGCAGCAACCGCCGAUGGACAAACCUCAGGACGGUGGUAGUGGCAACUCGGUGGAGAACGGAAAUCCGCCGAUCGCCGGUCUGUUCGCCGGACCGGGCGUAAGCGGCCUGCAGCAACACACCACCGUAAGCAGCAAUCCUCCGACGCCGGCGCGUCGGCAUCGGGGCCACAACCGACACGAUGCGACGGGCGCGGCACUCGUGACACCGCCGGCAGUGCUCGGUGCGGGCCAAAGCGGUCCGACGGACGAACCGGAGCUCCGGUUGUUCGGUGCGGAACCCGUUACCGUUACCACCUCGUCGUCGGCGGCGGCCACCGGUGAUAGUAGUCUUAGUUCCGGCAACAGCAACAUCAUUGCCGUGCCCGUAGAUAGUCCCGUGCGUUACAAGUCACCGAACAGAACCUUAUCGCCGUUCGGCGGUGCGGCGGCAGCCUCGCAGAGCGACCCGACCCUGGCGACCGGGGCCCCGAUCCCACCCGUUCCCGUUGGACCAUCGAAGCAUAUCAGCCGGCGGCAGUACGUCGGCGGCGACAAGACGACGGCUUCGUCCGCGGCACCUUCGUCCGGCACCGCCGUUUCAUCGCCAGUGGCCGGCAGCGGAGGAACCAGCUGCCCUGUGACCGGCGGCGGCGGAGGAGUUCCGUUUCCGUGUCUAGUGCCGCGCGAGUGCAUCGUGUGCAACGAAAGCCUGCAGCUGAUCGUGUUCGACCCCUGCCAGCAUCAGAUCGCCUGCGAAGAGUGUGGCGUGCGGAUGAAAAAGUGUCUCACGUGUGGCAUGCACAUCGAACGGCGCGUGACGGCCGCCGGCGUGCCGCUCUACAGUGGCAAGGACGGUCGCCAACCGUCCGCCGACCGGUUGCGGUACCUGGAGAGCAAGAUCAUGGAGAUCGAGGAAACGCACUGUUGCAGCAUCUGCAUGGAGCGGCGCCGCAAUGUGGCGUUCCUGUGCGGGCACGGUUCGUGCUCGAAGUGUGCCGAAACGCUCAAGAUUUGCCACAUGUGCCGGAAGACGAUCACCAAAAAGAUCAACCUUUACUAAGCGGCUGCCCGGGAGCGUCCCGGGGCCCUGUAGUUACCAAAAACCGAAAAAGGAAUCGCAAACGCAUAGUUAGACACGCAGCGAAGGGGGGCUGAUAGGGGAACGAGUGUCACGUC